CUGAAUUCUCACUAUUCAGGUGUGUACCCCAAGGUGAGGUUACACUUCUCACAGCUCAUUUGCAUCAGACUGAGAAGUGAACUUAAGCCAAGUGCUUGGCAAAGGUGAUGGAUUCCUGAAGUGGAAGAGGUGGUGCGGAUGAAGCACCACCCAUGCUGCCCUGCUUCCAGCUGCUGCGCAUAGGCGGCGGCAGGGGUGGUGAUCUCUACACCUUCCACCCCCCUACCGGAACUGGCUGCACCUAUCGUUUGGGUUGCAGGGCUGACCUGUGUGAUGUGGCCCUGCGACCCCAGAAGGAGCCAGGCCUCAUCUCUGGGGUCCACGCAGAGCUGCAUGCUGAACGCCGAGGUGAUGACUGGAGGGUCAGCCUAGAGGACCACAGCAGCCAAGGGACUUUGGUCAAUAAUGUCCGACUCCCAAAGGGUCACAGGCUGGAGUUGAGCGAUGGUGACCUCUUGAGCUUUGGCCCUGAAGGGCCCCCAGGAACCAGCUCCUCAGAAUUCUACUUCAUGUUCCAACAAGUCCGGGUCAAACCUCAGGACUUUGCUGCCAUCACCAUCCCCCGGUCUAAGGGAGAGGCCAGGGCUGGGGCAGGUUUCCAGCCCAUGCUGCCUUCCCAGGGGGCCCCACAGAGGCCCCUCAGCACCUUUUCCCCUGCCCCCAAGGCCACAUUGAUCCUCAACUCCAUUGGCAGCCUCAGCAAGCUCAGGACCCAGCCCCUCACCUUCUCCCGAGGGGGUGGGCCACACAGCCUGCCUGUUCCCACUCCACCCAGGGAAGCAAAAAGCCCACCUGCCCCACCCCCACGGAACCGGCGGAAGUCAGCUCACCGAGUGCUGGCAGAGUUGGAUGAUGAGAGCCCCCCACCAGUACUUAUUGGGCCUAGGAAGAAACUCCGUGUGGAGAAAAGCCCUCUGCCACCCAGUGGGAGGGAAUGAAUGUGUUGACUCAGGCCUGGACCACUGGUGGCCAAGACAGCAGAAGAGUUUUGGAUCACAGCCAGGGCCUUGGCUCCUAGGCAGGCUCUACCACUGAGCUUCGUCAAUGCUCUGAUAGCUGGCAUCACCUAAAGCACUUGGAGAAAAUUUGCAGCACAACCCCUAAACUUCAUCUUGUGGCUAAUCCUGUCACUAACCAUGAUCUCACUGGACUGGCCUUUCAAAGCUUUGCUUCUUAUUUCCAAAUAAAAUAAAGAAUAAGCAACUUCAUU